GAUACAUUGGUAGUGUCAUCUCUAUAUAGAUCCCUGUAUCAAAAAUUAAUAAAAACAAUGAGUUUUCCUGAUAAAAUGGAUUUGGAAAAUGAGCGUGUACUAAAAUUGAUUUUCCCACAUGGAGUUCCAAGUAAUCUGCGUGGCAAUCCGGAGCUGGACUAUUAUUUGGCCAAGCUCGGCACUUGCAAGGUGGAUCAGCUGAAAAAGGAGCAAACCCGAUUGGGAGACGAGACGAAAAGGAUAUUGGAUCAAACACAAGAGCUGGCUAUUUCUAAUUACAAAACUUUUAUCACAACAGCAGAAAACUCUCGCUCCAUUUUCAACGAGUUCCAAAAAGCAGAAGAUCAGGUGGAUACAUUGAUUAAUAAACUGCCGACGUUAAGCGAAAAGUGUGAACAAUUUCUCAAGGAUUCGGCGGAGCUAACAGAGCAGCGACGCUUAAAUAGUACAACUCUGCAUAAAAAUGCGCAGCUACUGGAGAUUCUGGAGUUGCCGCAAUUGAUGGAACGCUGCAUCCGGGAGGAUCGAUAUGAAGAGGCUCUUGAACUGGCCAGUUAUGUGCAGAGGCUUGGCCAGCAUCAAGGACAUCUAAUACCUGUGGUGCAUAGCAUUGUUCGCUCUGUAGAAGCACUCUGGCACACCAUGCUUGUGCAGCUAGUUGCACAGUUGCGUAUGGACCUGCAGCUUCCCAAGUGCCUACAAAUUGUUGGUUAUCUGCGGCGCAUGCAGGCCUUUAGCGACAACGAGCUCAAAUUAAAGUUCUUGCAGGCACGUGAUGCUUGGCUUACAACAUGUCUGGAGGCGGUUCCCCAAACGGAUGCCCAGCAACAUCUAACAAAGACGAUCGAAAUCACGCGAAUCAAUUUAUUCAACAUUAUUACACAGUAUCGCGCCAUAUUUCCAGAUGAUGAGAGUGCCAAAUCGGUUUCCUUGAAACCAUUGCAAGGCGUCAGUUGUAAUGGAGAUCGCUUGUUUCAGGCAUGGCUCCAUAACAAGAUUAAUGGCUUCCUUUCAACACUCGAGACGGAUCUGGAGCGUGGUGUAAACUCAAUUGAAACAGUAUUGGGACAGUGCAUGUACUUCGGCUUGUCCUUCAGUCGUGUCGGUGCCGAUUUUCGAGGAUUGAUUGCUCCAAUUUUUGUACGCAUAGUGUGCAAUAAAUUCGAGUCGACCAUUGCACAACUCAAUGCGAACUUUGAGCAGGAGUUGGAAAAGUUCACGCUAAUUAACAAGGUAACACUGCACAGCCGAAAGCCGCUUGAUACGACAGCCAUGCCGUCCAGCGAACAGAAGACGUAUGCUCCGCCCGAGACUUUGCUCGACUUUUAUCCACUUGCUGCGUUGUGCAAUGGUUACCUCAACGCACUUAAUGAACUUCGUCUCUGUGCACCAUUCGCUGUUGCCACUGACGUUACCAACUGUUUACAACAAUCGCUUCAAUUUGUGGCACAACGAGUGCUUGCCUUUUAUAGACAAGAGCAACAGGCAUUCACAGGAAAUGAACGUGAGACAUUUGUAAAGCUUUGCUCUUGUUUUGCGUACGAUCUCGUACCUUACGUGCAGCGCUGCAUUCACGGUGUAUUUCCGCCUCAGUCUAUCACUGUGAAUCUUGGCAUUAGCUUAUUGCAACUGGAGCAACAGCAACUAACUUUUUUGCAGCAGCACCAAAUUCUAGAGCCCUUAAAGCAUUUGCUGCCAACAAAAGUUCUAAUCCCCCUAACGUCAGCACUUUCUGCGGAGGCUACAAGUGCGCCUAUUGCCACGGAAGGCUAAAAACUCGCCUUGUAACCAUUUAAUAGUGAUACCUAUUUUCCAAACAUUAAUAUAUCCUACACCUUACACAUAUUUUUUUUAUCAAUAGUUCUAUGUUUAUAAAGAUUACCGUAUGACUUACAAUUAUAUAAAAGUCCAUUUUAA